AUGACUAUUUCUGAUCAUCCAGAAACAGCACCUAAGUGGUGGAAAGAGUCCACCAUUUAUCAAAUAUACCCAGCAAGUUUUAAAGAUUCCAACCAUGAUGGGUGGGGCGAUUUGAAGGGUAUCACUUCCAAGCUUGAGUACAUUAAAGAACUUGGCGCGGAUGCUAUCUGGGUUUGUCCAUUUUACGAUUCCCCACAACAAGAUAUGGGGUAUGAUGUGUCAGACUAUAAAAAGGUCUGGCCCACAUAUGGUACCAACGAAGACUGCUUUGAUUUAAUUGAAAAGGCCCAUAAACUGGGCAUGAAAUUCAUCACUGAUUUGGUCAUAAAUCAUUGCUCCACGGAACAUGAAUGGUUCAAGGAGAGUAGAUCCUCGAAGACCAAUCCAAAACGUGAUUGGUUUUUCUGGAGACCACCAAAAGGUUACGAUGAAAAUGGUAAGCCAAUUCCACCAAAUAAUUGGGGAUCCUUUUUCGGUGGUUCAGCAUGGACUUUUGAUGAAACUACGGAUGAAUUUUAUCUGCGCUUAUUCGCAACAGGCCAGGUUGACUUAAAUUGGGAAAAUGAUGAUUGCAGAAAGGCAAUCUAUGAGGAUGCUGUUGGAUAUUGGAUAGACCAUGGUGUGGACGGUUUUAGAAUUGACACUGCUGGUCUAUAUUCAAAACGUCCUGGCUUACCAGAUUCCCCAAUUUUUGAAGAAAACUCAGAGUUUCAGCAUCCGAAUUGGGGUUCUCACAAUGGUCCUAGGAUCCACGAAUUUCAUCAAGAAUUGCACAGGUAUAUGAAGGAUCGAGUUAAAGAUGGCAGAGAAAUUAUGACAGUAGGUGAGGUCGCCCAUGGAAGCGAUAAUGCAUUGUAUACCAGUGCAGCUAGGUACGAAAUCAGCGAACUGUUUUCUUUCGAACACGUCGACAUUGGUGCCAAGCCCUUCUUUCGCUAUAAUAAAGUACCUUUCUCCUUGAAACAAUGGAAGGAAGCGAUCGCGUCAAAUUUCUUGUUUAUUAAUGGUACAGAUAGUUGGGCCACUACCUAUAUUGAGAAUCACGAUCAAGCUCGUUCAAUCACGAGAUUCACUGAUGAUUCGCCAAAAUACCGUACUCUGUCUGGUAAACUGUUGGCAUUGUUGGAAUGUUCACUGACCGGUACGUUGUAUGUCUAUCAAGGUCAGGAGAUAGGUCAGAUCAACUUUAAAAAUUGGCCCAUCGAGAAGUAUGAGGAUGUUGACGUAAAAACACAUUACGGAAUCAUUAAAAAGAAGUUCGGUGAGGAUUCAAAGGAGAUGGAAGACUUCUAUGAAGGAAUUGCUUUAUUCUCUAGAGAUCAUGCAAGAACUCCUAUGCCAUGGUCCAAAGAGAAGCCAAAUGCCGGUUUCACUGAUCAAAAUGUUAAGCCUUGGUACUUCUUAAAUGAAUCAUUCAGACAGGGAAUUAACGUUGAGGAAGAAUCCCUAGAUAGCGCUUCAGUUCUUAACUUCUGGAAGAGAGCCUUGCAAGCCAGGAAGAAAAAUAAAGAACUCAUGGUUUACGGCUACGAUUUUGAGUUCGUUGACUUAGAGAACGACAAAAUCUUUAGCUUUACCAAGGAGUAUGAGGAUAAGACGUUGUUUGCCGCUUUGAAUUUCAGUGGAGAAGAAAUCGAAUUUGAGCUUCCAAAAAAAGGCGCUUCUUUAUCUUUCAUUCUCGGAAAUUACGACGAUGCCGAUGCUUCCUCCAGAGUUUUGAGACCUUGGGAAGGUAGAAUCUACCAUGUCAGAUAA